CCACCUGAUUUAGUUUCAAUUUGGUGUUUAAUAUUUAUACAGUUGUGUGUAUUUCGGUAUUAAAAGAUAAUUUCUAUUCUUCUAACACCUUUUUAAAAAGACAGAAUGCCAGCGGAUCCAUCGGAAGAAGUGGCCCCUCCUCAGGUCCCCAAGACCGAGCUGGAAGAGCUGCAAAUUAAUGCGCAAGGAGUAGCCGAUGAGUCCCUGGAAAGUACGCGACGUAUGCUUGCUCUGUGUGAGGAGAGCAAGGAGGCAGGGAUACGAACACUUGUAGCCCUUGAUGAUCAAGGAGAACAACUGGAUCGUAUUGAAGAAGGAAUGGAUCAAAUUAAUGCCGAUAUGAGGGAAGCAGAAAAAAAUUUAAGUGGAAUGGAAAAAUGUUGCGGCAUUUGCGUUCUCCCGUGCAAUAAAAGUCAAUCAUUCAAAGAAGAUGAUGGGACAUGGAAAGGCAAUGAUGAUGGAAAAGUUGUAAAUAAUCAACCACAAAGAGUGAUGGAUGAUAGAAAUGGCAUGAUGGCUCAAGCGGGUUAUAUCGGCAGGAUAACAAAUGAUGCUAGAGAAGAUGAAAUGGAAGAAAAUAUGGGCCAGGUAAACACUAUGAUAGGCAACCUCCGCAACAUGGCAUUGGAUAUGGGUUCUGAGCUGGAAAAUCAAAAUCGUCAAAUUGAUAGAAUUAACAGGAAGGGUGAAUCUAAUGAAGCGCGGAUAGCAGUUGCUAAUCAAAGGGCACAUCAACUGUUAAAGUAAAAAGAUUAUGCGAUACAUACACAUUUCAAUAUUUUCUGAUUUGUACGUGUGCAACCAAGGCUUUUGUCCAUGAUUUCAGCCCCCUAUGUGCUCCAAAAAGUUAUAUAAAACUGAAGAUCUUUUGAAAAAACAAACACAGUAUUUGCAGAACCUUUUAAAAGUUUUUAAGUUGUUCAGAUAUAUGACGCGAUUUAUUUUUUAUUGGAUAUGUCAAAUCAAAAUAUUAUAGGAACUGUUUAUUUUUAAGGUACACAGAAUCAUCAGAAUUGUGAAACCACUGUUUGAAAAAUAACAAUAUUUCAUGUUUUAGUCCAAAGUAUCCAAUAGUGUUUUGAGAUGCGUAUUAUUUAGUAGUGUAAAGUUAUCCAAAUUAUUUAAAUUUUGUUAUGCAUCUCCAAGGGAUGUAAUAAUUUGAACUUUAAGUGCUCGCUUUAGACGAGUCGAUAUAGCCAGUUCCCUUAGUUCUUAUAAAGAUGGCGUUCUUUGAUAAAACGCUGUCUUACGUUUGUUCAUACAAUACCGAGUAUACACAUCGCGUUGAUCACCCUUAAGAAAGUUUUUUAAUAAAUGUUUAAAAAAUAAUAAUAAAUAAAUAAAUAUUGCCAUUCAGUAGCUUAUAUCCCAAAUUUUGCAUAUCAUGGUAUCCAAAUAUUUUCCAGUGUAUUUAUUUUUUGUCUUACCAUAAUUAGUCCCAAAUUUUCAGUGGUUUUGUAGUAGAGACACCUAUAUAAAAUAUGUAUAUGUACAUAAAUUAAAUUACAUGGGAUAGUAGCGCCGCAAACCACCGUUAGCCCUUGCAAUUAGAACGGUCCUAAUGGUUUUUAGUUUAACUUGCAUUAAAAAAUUUAGAUUUCGAGUAAAAGAGAUUGUUCCGUUGAAAAGUGUGUAAAAGGUAGAAGGAAGCGUUGCUAACCCGUUAGGUCGUAAGUGAAGAUCUGCUGAGCAGAUCUGGCCAUUCAGAAUUUUGAGAUAUCAUAUAGAUAUUAUAUCGACUAUCGUCGAUCCGACUCACUUCUACCUAUAUACACUAUAAAUAGCAAAUAUCAUUAUAAAAUAGUUAUAAUUUACUUAUUUAAAAGUAGUAGUUAGUGUAAGGUAUCCGUUGUUUUAUUUAACAUUUUAAAAAUAUACUUUAAUCACAUUGAUUGAAAAUGUAUGUACAGGUUAAGUUAAAUGUAAUUCUUUAUUAAAAAUUUAAUGUUUUCAUGGCUUUAUCCACCAGGCACUACAUAAAACAUGGAGUAUUUGUUAAAACUAAACGCUUACUGAGUGGUCAUAAACAUAAAAAUUUUCCUUACUACAUAGUCGCUUACAUAAUUCAUAAGUUACGUUCAUGUAAAAGCACAAGAAAAUCGUAUUAUUAACUUUCUUUAUCAACGUUUCAGACGAAGAUGUUAUUAAAAAUUUAAAAAUAAAACAUACCUCUAACAUACAUAUAAAAUAAUUAACAUACUUCUGUAGUCCGGUUUUAUUAACAUUUUUUGCUCACUUUAAAAUGUUACUAAAUCCUGUGAAAUUAAAUAAAUGAUUGGUCUAUGCAAGUUAUUUUCAAA